UAAUGACCAAUUCAAGUUUGUUUGGUAACACCAUUUCAUUGAUCAUCUAUAUGUAUUUGGUCAAUGAAUAGUGAAAUUAGUGUAAAUCUGUAUAUCUCUAUAUAUCUAUGCAUCAGCAUGCCCUACUUUUGAAUCCUGAAAUUCUGUAGAAUUAAAUGGAUAGAUAGAUUACUUUAUAUCAUCCUCAAAGGACAAUCAUGGUAUUAAAGCAGUAACUAAUAAUACAAAUAUCACAAAUACAAGUAAAAAAAACAACUGGAGCUCUGCUAUGGCAGUAUACAGUAAAUCUAUCAGAUGGAAUGUGACUAUAUUGGUGAGUUGCAAUAAUAAGAUUUUUAAGAGCAAAAUUCAGCUCAGCAAUCUUUCAGCCUUUUCUUUAAAGGGACAACAGUGUUUUGCUUUAUUAAUGAGUGCAUUACUGAGGUCUGAGGUUACCGAGGCCAUGGCAUCUGUAUUUUACAAAUCGUUACUAGUUCUGCACCUCUUAUGCUAUUUAAAUUUAUCAGAAUAAAUAGUUAUUUAUUUGCCCUUAGGCAAAUUGUGUGUGCGAAAAUGUUUUGACUGGCAUGCAUACCGUGUAUUCCUGACAUAUUACGUCAGCGUGUGACAUCACUUUACUACACUGACAGUCACGGAUUUUUGUGCACUGCCUGGCUGGGAGAAACAUCGGGAAUUAAACACAGCUGGCUAACGUUGGCUACAUACAUUGUUGUCUAGGCUAAUAUUUCAACAGUAGCUUGGAAGUCAUUUUAUUGUUAUUUAACGUUAAUCGUUAACGUAGUUGAUCAUCCUGCCAGAUGUUUCGAAUACGCGCAUUCAGCCACUGUUUCGGUCGGGCAGCUUGCUAGAAGGCUAGCCAGUCAACGCUAACGAUACAUCGCUGGUCCAGGUGUUUUUAAGUUAGCUGGUCAGCUACAAGAUAGCUUCUUGGGGUUUUGCUAGGUAGUUAAUCGAUAAUAAUUAGCUAACUGGCAAACUAGGUUAAGUUAUAUCCACAUUAUCAUCAUUUUAUUUUUUUAAAUUUGCCUAACAUUACAAGAGGAUCAACGUCACUGCAUCAUCAUGACUGGAUGAUUUUGACUCGUGUGUCACGCCCCAGUAUCAACCCUUUGAAGUGGUUUCGAGGCAGGGUCAGAAUCAACAUCCUUAUGCUGCUGGCCAUAUUCAAGCUCUGAUGUCCCCCGUCCCCUAAAAUCUGCAAACAUGAUGCCGAUGAUCUUGACCGUGUACCUGAACGAUGGCGAGCAGGCGGCGUCCGAGGUGCCCAUCACCCCGGAGACGUCCUGCCGCGACGUGGUGGAGUUCUGCAAGGAGCCCGGCGAGAGUGGCUGCCACUUGGCCGAGGUGUGGCGAGGCAACGAGAGAGCCAUCCCCUUUGAUCACAUGAUGUACGACCACCUGCAGAAGUGGGGCACCAGGAGACCGGAGGUGAAGUUCUACCUGCGCCACGAAGACUCGCCGACCGAGAACAGUGACCAAGGCAGCCAACAAUCUCAGGACCAGGGUAGCAGAUGGAGUGGCUCCAGCUCAGAAAAGCACAACGAGAACGGGGUGGGGAACCCCAGAGUGGAGCUCACUCUCUCUGAGCUACAGGAGAUGGCCACUCGGCAACAGCAGCAAAUCGAGGCCCAGCAACAGAUGCUCGUCGCUAAGGAGCAGCGGCUGCGCUACCUGAAGCAGCAGGAGCGGCGGCAGCAGCAGACGGUGUCGGAGGCGGAGAAGCUGCAGCGGCUGAAGGAGCGCGUGGAGAGCCAGGAGGCCAAGCUCAAGAAGAUCCGCGCCAUGCGGGGCCAGGUGGACUACAGCAAGGUCAUCAACGGCAACCUGUCGGUGGAGAUCGAGCACAUCAGCGGGCUGUUCCAGGAGAAGCAGGCGGAGCUGCAGACGGCGGUGCUGCGGGUGGAGCAGCUGAGCCAGCAGCUGGACGAGCUCCGCCGCGGCAAACUCAACGGCCUGCAGGGCCUCAGCGGCCAGCUCACCGGCACCGCCGCCAUCGAGCUGCGCAAGCUCUACCAGGAGCUGCAGAUCCGUAACAAGCUGAACCAGGAGCAGAACAGUAAGCUGCAGCAGCAGAAGGACCUGCUGAACAAGCGCAACAUGGAGGUGACGCUGAUGGACAAGCGCAUCACCGAGCUGCGCGAGCGCCUCUACAAGAAAAAAGCCGAGGCACGUCAAAAAGAGAACGUGCCCCUGAACCGGACCAACGGACCCCCCUCUCCCCAGCCGGCUCCGGGCGGUCCGGGCCGUGUGGCUGCGGUGGGUCCCUACAUCCAGGUUCCGGUGCCCGUGCGACAGGAAGGGGGCUACACAGUGCCUCCCGACCCGCUCAAACCUCAGUCCCUGGGCGUCAACUCGCCCGCCAACCACGCCCGCUCCAAAUCAGCUAACGAGGCCGGGUGGCCCACCAUCGGAAAAGGGAACGCCUCUCUCAAGCCCCCCGACUGGAAGGAGUCCGGAGGAGAUGGACCAGGCAAGACCCCCUCCCCCACCAGCACUCCUGCUGACAAGGCUCAGGACGGCAGUAAGCCAGCUCCCCCCAUCUCCAAGCCCCAGCCCCCUCCGUACGGCGCCCACCACCACGGCAGCAGCGGCGGCGGCUGCGGUGGUAACGGCAGCGUCACCAGCGCCCUCUCCUCCUCCUCCAACUCAGGCUCCACCAGCUCCCUGGAGCUCCGCAAGGACGUCCCGCCGCCUCCGCUGCCGGCCGCCGUCCUCCGGCCGGGCCCCAGCGCCUCGCCCGGCUCCGGCUCGCUCUCCGGCGGUCCGGCGCUGCCGCCGCCGCUGCCCCCUCCGGCCUGGCCGCGCACGGGCCCGGCCCCGCAGGGCUCGUCCUCGCAGCAGAUCCAGCAGCGCAUCUCGGUGCCGCCCAGUCCCACCUACCAGCCCGGCUCGCCGCUCUUCCCGCCGGGCGAGCGGCCCGAUCCGCCGCUGGCCGUGGCCGUGCGGCCGUUCAUCCCGGACAAGGGCUCCAGGCCGCAGUCGCCGCGCAAGGGCCCGGCCACCAUGAACUCCAGCUCCAUCUACCACAUGUAUCUGCAGCAGGCCGCCCCCAAGAACUACCCCUUCAACAACAAGCCCGCCGUCAGAGCAGUGUACGGGAAGCCCGUCCUGCACCCGAGCUCCACCCCCACCUCCCCCCUCCCCUUCCACCCGGCGUCGGGACACUUCACCGGCUUCCUGGGCGGCCCCGGCGAGGACCUACCGGACGGCGUCGGCGUCGGCGGCUUCGGCGACCUGGUCGGCGAGCUCCCCCCGCUGCUGGGCGGCGCCGGCAUGGUGGACCUCCUCCCGCCCGGUUCCGGUUCCGGUCCGCCGCCGGCCAUGGUGGACCACAUCCCGCGGCCGCUGAGCCCCACCAAGCUGACGCCCAUGGUGCACUCGCCCAUGCGCUACCAGAGCGACGUGGAGCUGGAGGCGCUGCGCAAGCGGCUGGCCAACGCGCCGCGGCCCCUCAAGAAGCGCAGCUCCAUCACCGAGCCCGAGGGCCCCAGCGGGCCCAACAUCCAGAAGCUGCUCUACCAGCGCUUCAACACGCUCGCCGGCGGCAUGGAGGGAGGCGGAGGAGGCGGCGUCGGGCCGGCGCCCGCCGGGGUCACACCGUUCUACCAGCCCGGCUCGGCGGUAGCCGCCGCCGCCGCCGCCACCGGCGUGGGUCAGGGGGGCGACGCCGACAACGGGAACCCUCCGUCGGAAGUGGCGGCCGGCGGAAUGGCGUCGGCGGCGGUCUCGGAAGGGAUGCCGGGCGAGUCGACGACGACGACGACGGCGCCGGUGCCGCAGGGAGACGCAAACGACAACCGGCCCGCGGCGGGGGUGCUGGGGUCACCGCCGGCCGGCGAGGUCCAGGCGCCAGCGGUGCCCGCGGCGUCGCAGGAGGACAACACGAACAACAACACGCAAGCGCCCGCCUCCGCCACCACCAUCCUGCCCAGUCCCGUGGUGGAGGCCACCUCACCGCAAGAGGCUGGCACCUGUCCCUCCGCACCCACGGAGAAGCGCAGUAACCUGAAGAAGCCCAACUCUGAGCGGGCGGGCAGCGGCCAGCGGGUCAAGUUCCACCCCCUGGCCCUGCUGCUGGACGCCUCGCUGGAGGGAGAGUUUGACCUGGUGCAGAGGAUCAUCUACGAGGUGGAGAACCCCAGCAAACCCAACGAUGAGGGAAUCACGCCUCUACACAACUCCGUGUGUGCUGGACACCACCACAUUGUCAAGUUCCUGCUGGACUUUGGUGUUAAUGUCAAUGCAGCAGACAGCGAUGGAUGGACACCGUUGCACUGCGCUGCCUCGUGUAACAGCGUGCACCUGUGCAAGCUGCUGGUAGAGUCGGGAGCCGCCAUCUUCGCCACCACCAUCAGCGACGUGGAGACGGCCGCGGACAAGUGCGAGGAGAUGGAGGAGGGCUACAUCCAGUGCUCGCAGUUCCUCUAUGGCGUACAGGAGAAGCUGGGUGUGAUGAACAAGGGCACCGUUUACGCGCUCUGGGACUACGAGGGUCAGGGCAGCGACGAGCUCUCCUUCCACGAGGGCGACGCCAUCACCAUCCUGCGGCGCAAGGACGACAACGAGACGGAGUGGUGGUGGGGGCGUCUCAACGACAAGGAGGGCUACGUGCCCCGCAACCUGCUUGGGUUGUACCCCAGAAUAAAGCCGCGCCAGCGCUCCCUGGCGUAGUGCCGCUCUCCUCGCCCACCCCUCUGCCCUCUCUCUCUCUCUCUCUCUCUGGCCGUCUGCGCCUCUCCCCGGGCGAUGAACUGGAACUCUGGGUAGUGGGCACGGAUUGGCCCUGGACCGGACGAGACACGCUGCUGGCCCCUACAGCCCCCUUGCCCUGCCCUGCCCUAUCCUGCCCCUGCCCCUGCCCCUGCCCCAGCCUCUGCCUCAGCCUCACACUGGGGGCUUCAAGCUGCUACCGCCCCGAGCCACCUGGCGGGGAAGACGAUCAACAGCGCAACACGAAUACAUGCAUAUAUACAAACAAACACGCAUACAUACAUACAUACACACACACAUUAUAAAAACACUCAACACUCAACACUAACACUCACUAAACAGACUACACAGACACUACACACUACAGGCAAAUCAAGCAAGCUGAGAACAAGUUCACCUCUCGUGUUCCUCUCCCUCCCUCCCUCCCACCACAUCUUCAUCCAGGCUCAGGCUCUACGAGUCCUGCCGACACUCACCCAGGUCAUACACCUGAUGAUCCACCUUUUUUUGUGUUGCGCGUCGGACAAGACAAAAGACGAUGAAACGAAACGUGCACGCCUCUCAGAGCCUCUCCCGAAGUGAAGUGUGACCAAACGGAAGCUUUUCCCCUUCAUUCCUUCUCUCUGGUCUCUCAGGCAGGCGCACACACACACACUGACACGGCACUUUGAUUCCAGUGCAAGAGCGCGUAUGUGUUUAGCUUUCAGUGCUGUGUGUGUGAUUCUUUCUUCUUACCAUUUUACGUGUUUUUUUUUUGUUUGUUUGUUUGGGGUUUUUUUUAGGAGUUAGUCUGCGCAUUGACAACACAUUUUUUUAUUCAUUCACCAGAAUAAGUUAAUGAGACCAAGCCAGAUGAUUUUUUUGAGUGCUGUGUUUUCAGAGGAGUUCAUCUCAAAGGAGAGACCAACAAAAGAAUGAUUGCAUGUGUGGUAACUAGAUUCCAAUGUGUGUUGAAAUACCAUUAAAUCAAUUCUGUAUUUGGAGAAAGGGACAAAGAACAAGCCUGCAACAGUUUAUUGGAAGUGUUAACUUCGACAAGUUGAUAGAUGAAUGAUAGAUGAAUGUUUUUAGUCGUGUGCGUGUGUGAGUGGCCAUACCACAUGAAAGACAUACUUGUGAAACACUGGCAGAAAGACUGGUAUUGUGUAAGAAAUUUGGGAGUGAGUGAUUUUGUCAACACCUACAGUAUUUUGACAGCAAGAAGGGAGUGUAGGUUCUAUAUUCAGCACCCCUGAAGUAGUCAAGCUUUAACAGAUGACACUACAUAUGUGAGAGAGAAAGAGUGUAUAUGGGAGCGCUUGUAUUUGUGGCCAGACUAAUGGAGCACUUGGAUAAUAGAUGCCACUGGAAGCUUUUCUAUACAAGCUGACGUAAAGGUUCACCCUUCAUGCUGUAUUUACAUGCUUUAUUUACAUUUUUUAUGUUGCAUUACAUUACAUUAUACUGUACCACCCCACACACACUCCUGCUCCACACACGAGUCUUGUGAGAUGAGAUUUGUACCCUGCCUGUCUGGCAGCAAAGAGCUUUACUGUGGAGUUCUGUAGAUACUGUGAUAAAAGGUUUUGAGAGGCGACUUGUAUUUUGGAUUUUUUUUUCCUUCUUCUGCUGUAUGACUUUACUGCCCCGUGGGGUUUCUGUUUGAUAUAAGAAUACAGUACCUCACACAAUCCGUUAUAUACAUGUGCACAAUAAAACAAAAAAGAUUCCGGCAUGA